AUGUCAUCGACGACAACAACACGCAAUUCAAGUGCUUUUGGCCUAAAUGUCGAUCAUUCAAUUGAACCCGAAUUCAAAUGUGAUUAUAAUGAUUGCGGCAAAACAUUUGCCUCAUUAGAUAAUUGUAAUUCAUUGAAAAUUACUGAUUAUAUUAUCAACGAUUGUGACCACAAUUAUGACAAUUACAACACACGUGUGGAUAACAACACGCAAUACAAGUGCUUUUGGCCUAAAUGUCGUAAAAUCGGUUUACAACAUCAUAAAUAUGCUAAACAUUCAAAUAUACGAUAUAUUUGUGAUAUCAAUGAUUGCGGCAAAAUGUUUUCACAUAAAUCAUCAUUGAAAAUGCAUAAAAUGGUUGUUCAUCUAAAAUGCAAACCAUUUAAAUAUUCACAUAAAAAACAACAUUUAAAUGAAAAACGAUUCAUAUGUUCAGUCAAAGAGUGUUUGAAAACAUUUACAACAAAUCAUUGUUUAAGACAACACCAGUCAUGCGAUCAUUCAAUUGAACCAAAAUUCAAAUGUGAUUAUAAAGAUUGCGGCAAAACAUUUGGUGUUUCCGCACAUUUAAAACGACACCGAAGUACUGUUCAUUUGGAUAUUGAUAAUUGUAAUUCAUUGAAAAUUACUGAUUAUAUGGACAACGAUUGUGACCACAAUUAUGUCAACGAUAACAACAACACACGUGUGGAUAACAACACACAAUAUAAGUGCUUUUGGCCUAAAUGUCGUUUACAACAGCAUAAAUAUGCUAAACAUUCAAAUAAACGAUAUAUUUGUAAUAUCAACGAUUGCGGCAAAAAGUUUACACAUAAAUCAAAAUUUAAAAAACAUAAAAUGAUUGUUCAUCUAAAAUACAAACCAUUCAAAUGUAAUGUCGAUUAUUGCGAUAAAACAUUUCCAACAAAAUAUGAAUUAAAUUGUCAUAAAAAACAACAUAUAAGUGAAAAGCGAUACAAAUGUUUAGUUAAAGAUUGUUUGAAAACAUUUACAACUAAUCAUUGUUUACGUCGACACCAAUCAUUGGAUCAUUCAAUUGAACCCGAAUUCAAAUGUGAUUAUAAAGAUUGUGGCAAAACAUUUGGUUUUUUAGCACAUUUAAAACAACACCGAAAUUCACAUAAAAAACAACAUUUAAUUGAAAAGCGAUUCAAUUGUUCAGUAAAAGAGUGUUUGAAAACAUUUACAACAAAUCAUUGUUUACGACAACACCAGUCAUGCGAUCAUUCAAUUGAACCCGAAUUCAAAUGUGAUUAUAAAGAUUGCGGCAAAACAUUUGGUGUUUCCGCACAUUUAAAACGACACCGAAAUACUGUCCAUUUGGAUAUUGUUUUCAAAUAA